UUCUUUCAUCUUCUUCUUACUUGAUUUUGAACCCUAGCUUAAGGGGAAAAAAAUCACAACUUUUUCUCGGGGAAACAAACAGAUAUUUUUAUCUAUCGCAGUGAGAAAGAAGCCACAAAAGAAAAAGAAAAAAAAUGCAGAAUCAAAGGCUGAAGCUGCAGCAGCAACAACAUCAACAAGCUAUGAUUCAGCAAGCUAUGAUGCAACAACAACAUCCUUCUCUUUAUCAUCCUGGUGUUAUGCCUCCUCCUCAGAUGGAGCCUUUGCCAAGUGGAAACCUUCCUCCUGGUUUUGAUCCCAGUACUUGCCGUAGUGUGUAUGCUGGCAACAUUCACACGCAGGUCACGGAGGCUCUUCUUCAAGAGAUUUUUGCAGGCGCUGGUCCUAUUGAAAGCUGUAAACUCAUCAGAAAGGAUAAGUCAUCAUAUGGAUUUGUUCACUACUUCGAUCGUAGAUUUGCUGCUAUGGCUAUAAUGACUCUUAACGGACGGCAUAUAUUUGGACAGCCUAUGAAAGUUAAUUGGGCGUAUGCAACUGGUCAGAGGGAAGAUACAUCAAGCCAUUUCAACAUUUUUGUUGGAGAUCUCAGUCCAGAGGUUACUGAUGCAGCAUUGUUUGAUAGCUUUGCUGCCUUCAAUAGCUGCUCGGAUGCAAGAGUAAUGUGGGACCAGAAAACUGGACGCUCAAGGGGCUUUGGGUUUGUUUCCUUCCGUAAUCAGCAGGAUGCUCAAACUGCCAUAAAUGAGAUGAAUGGUAAAUGGUUAANUGAUGCAACAACAACAUCCUUCUCUUUAUCAUCCUGGUGUUAUGCCUCCUCCUCAGUUUUUGCUGGCAAUGGUAGAAAAGAGUGGUUUUGA